UGUGUCCAUUCUUAUUGUCUAAUUAUCUUUUUCAUCGUGCAAAUUAGAUUUUUAGUUGGCGACAGAUUUGGACCCAGACAUCCAGGCCUGCAUGCUGUGGUGAAUCCUGCAGAACGAGGUCUUACAUUGUCCAGAAACACUGUAUUUCUAGAUUUAUGCAGGGGGUUUUCACCAGAUUUAGGAAAUAUUUUCACCAAAUUAUAAGCUGUAAAUAUAUAAAACUGUAAUUUCUUUGCAGCUUUACAUUUAGAUUUUUCUGACUGAUUAAUGAUUCUUCUAUGGAGUUUGGGACAAAUCUUUGAUCAUUUAUCUUAGCUUAAAAUUACAAACAUCAUUUUAUAGCCAGUCCUUCAAUACCUACUCAACAAAUGGAACUUUUUUUAGAUGACAUGUUUUUUUAAAUCCCCCUCAAAAUGUAAAAAUAACCUAAUUUGUCAAUUUAUUAUUUCACUAAAUUUCUGAAUCUGCAGAAAAUAUCUUCAAAAAAUCGAUUUCAUGAAUGAUUCAAAAUGAUGCCAACUGCAAUUUAAAGGAGACAUAUUAUGAUUUGUUUGAAAUUAUAAUGGUUUUAUGGUUGAUACCAAACAAGCUCCUGAAGAAUCCCUUUUAGAAAACAAUACUGCCAAUUUGCCCGAAUGCCGAGCCGGCAUCAGGGAAACUUAGGUCGAUUAUAAGUGGUCAGACCAUGCCGGUAAUCUGGCACAAUUGUGUUCUUUAUACAGAAGGUUACGCGAUAGCAGUAUAAAGCAGGUAUGGGCUGGUCACUGCGCUGACAUGGAUUUAUGUUUACCUGGAACAUAACUUGCUACUCAUUGCAAUUGAAGCCACGCUCAUUAGGUAUUUUUGACAAGUCACUCCUAAAGGUGUGUUUCUCAACAAGCCUCGUGAAUGUCAUCUUAGUUAAAAUUUAAAUGUUCUGCCUAGAACUGUCAGUGUUGCACCCUUUUCAGGUAAAAAAAACUGCACUAUAUUUGAAUUUAAAUCUGCCAUCUCUAUUGGCUAAGAGGUACCCUAUGAUGUUAGCUGGUGCAUUAUGAUGUCACAAGGCCGUUGUGAGCCUGUGUGUGUGUGUAUUUGUUAGCGGCUCCGCCCUCUCAGUCUGCUAGGCAACAGCAGUUGUUCCAUUUUUCAAACAGGAAGUGGGAGUGGAGUAAGACUCAGGUAGGGGGUGACUUGCUCUUUAAAUAUAGUUCCCAGCUGUAGCUUGACAGUAAUUCCACACAUGAUCAUGACACCUCCCUCUGUUGUGCCAAGGCGUAAUAUGCACACCACAAGUCUGGUGUAACAGUAAUAUUACUACCAAGUGUGGCAGCAUAAAUGCUGCAAAAAUUCCUGCAUCAACAUGCCGCCACGGCAUGUUCAUAAGACACAUUGCGGCUGCAGUAUUGCACUGAUUUGCCAGCAUGGUGUGCCUUCUCAGUCUAAAUCCCUCCCACAUGAAGUGAUUUCAGUAGUUUUGUUCUUGACAGUUUCAGUACCUUCCAGAAUGAGCCGUUUCAGGGCUCAGUUACUUUAAGAAAAUAAGCUGCAUCUGGUUACACCCACUCACCCCCACUCAAGCUGCUAUAAGCUGAGAAGCUCCAGUAUCCGUGAGGAGCUCAGAGUAGAGCCGCUGCUCCUCCAGUGGCAGCUCUCUCUUGCACAUGAGAGGCAGUUCUAGUGUAAUUUCUCCAUUUAUGACAUCACAAAUGAGGACUUUUUGAAAUGGCUUAUUUUAGACAUUUAAUUCCAAAAACCAAACACUGACAGAAAACGAUUGGAUUUUAUUCACGUGAGGGUAUUUUAUAGAGGUAGCACAAAAGGAUGUAAAAUAUGAUUUUUGCCUAAUAUGUCCCCUUUAAGGUUUAAAUGAAGAUUAGAAAGAAAAAAAACUGAAUGUUUGUGUGUAUUAAAUCAGGUCCAAAUUCAAAUCAAACGUCACCUGCAGCUUUCAUCCAGGCCUGACCAGCAUGAGGGCUGUUGUUUCACACGCUUCCACAAUAAAAUUAUUUUCUCGAUUUUCCUGAGUGUGAGUGCAUUGCCUUAUUCCUGCCUGUAUAAUUUAAAUGUAUGUGAGUGAUAUCCCAUAGUUAUGCAGGCAGCAGCAGGGGUCACAAAUAAUCACAUGAUCCAUACUGACAGGAAAUGAGUCUUAAGUGGAUUAUGUUGACAUUCAUGCAGGAAGGUGUGUGUGUGCGUGCGUGCGUGUGUGUGUGUCGGAUCACCAUGAUCCGCUGGCUGCGACCUUUUCUGUCACUGCUGGCGCUGAAACGCAAAACCUUUCUUGGAAGCGGAUUCCCAGGAAGCUCUCUGUCAGUCCGCUUCAGCUCUGCUGCUGACUGAGCCGCACUUUUAUCUCCUCUCACGCGCCGACAGGAGCUCUUCUCUAUUUCCAACAAAAACCAAGCGGAUCUGUUCAUAUUGACUGUUUUUAACACACAUUUAUACUGAGAAUUCGUUUUUCCUUAUUUUUAAUGAUCACAGUCGUUUCGAUUAUUCCUGAUUUGAGGUCUGCUGUUGGUAAGAAAUGGUUGCCCGGGCAGUGACCAUUUUACACCAAGAGGAACAAGAAAGUUCCUGCUGCCCACAUCCCUCUCCUCCUCACUGGGAUCCUGUAGAAGACCUCCACUGCAUCUCCACUAACUUCCAGUAUCUUCAGGCUUCAGGUUGGUACUGGGGUUCUAUCUCAGCGAGUGAGGCCCGGGAAGCCCUCCUUUCCAAGUGUGAAGGAACGUUCCUGGUUCGGGACAGCAGCCACCCUCAGUACAUGCUGGCCCUGUCUGUAAGGACUCGCUUUGGACCAACUAGCGUUCGCAUCGAGUACAACAAAGGUUGCUUCUGGCUGGACUCCACCUCCUCUCACCUGCCUCAUCUUCAGACUUUCCCAGAUGUCCUGAGCCUCAUCCAGCACUACAUGGUCUCAGGCCAGGCAACACAGGCCCCGUCUUCAGUUCAGCCUCAGACAAAGCCAGAUCCUGCACAGCUUGGGGACAAAGACAGCGGAGUCCCUCUGAAACUGGCGCAUCCUCUGCACAGCUCCAAGGGUUUUCCCUCUUUGCAACACCUGGCUCGGCUCACCAUCCACAAACACACUACCUGCCCUGACCAACUGCCCCUCCCCAAACCACUGCUGCACUUCCUACAGAACUACCCUUUCUCUGUAUGAGGAUGGCAGCCUGUUGGGGACAGAGAGCAAGACAGGAACACGGUCAGGGUUAUGCUCCACAGCCACAUGCUGUGGAUCUGGGACAGCAUCAGAUCCUGAACAGCAGAGUUCCAGUCCAGAAGAGAACUGUUUAAUGAAUCUCAGUAUUACCUGAUUGCUCCUGAAUAUGAGCCAAGUCUUAAUCCUGCACAAGAGAAUUGUGUUAAAUGUUUGCCUUAUAGCUAAGCUGUGACAUGUGCAAUGCCAAUGACGUUAAAUGUGUUUUGUUUUCUGUAUUUUUUAAGUAACUUGUGAAAGGUUAAAGUAUAUCUGCAGUUCCAUCCUUCCAUCUAUUGUCUACACCCACUUGUCCAUGCAGAGUCACGGUGGGCUGGUGCUUAUCUCCAGCAAACUCUGGGCAAUCAGGUGGGGUACACCCUGGACAGGUUACCAGUCCAUCACAGGGCAACACAGAGACACACAGGACGAACAACCAAUCACACACAUACACCUAAGGACAAUUGAGAGAAACCAAUCAACCUGAGAGUCAUGUUUUUGAAAUGUGGGAGGAAGCCGGAGAACCCACGCAUGCACAGUGAGAACAUGCAAACUCCAUGCACAAAGGCCUCAAGUUCAGAACUAGCCACUGUGCCACUGUGCAGCUUAAAUCUGCAGUUUUAAUUGUCAAUAAGUUAAUGCAGACUUUUUUUUUCAAUAAUAAGCCAGCUAAAUGAAGCUAACGAAUGAAUGUUUUUAUUCCAGUACAACUCACUUGAUAAAUAAGUAUGAAGAGCUUGAAUAUUUUAAUAUUUCCAAAGUGAUUCCCACACAUGGGGAUGCAUUUUUAGUCACAUGGCUGUAACGUCACGUUACAUUUUCACGUUAUCACAGAGCCUGGUGUUAUUGUUUUUUCUGCAUCUCUGGGUUUUAUUAAACAUUCUCAAUUAAAUCACAUUAGAAUACAAAUCCAAAGAGUUGAAGCCAACACAAGAUGAGGCUCUGGCUGUUUCUGCAGCAAACUGUGUUUUAUUAAAGAUAAAGAACUUUGUAAUCAGUCAAUGAGAAUCUAAAAUCGGAUUAUUGUCUUUUAAGAAGGGAAGCAUUUACUUUAAUUCUCAUUUCAUUGCUAAAACAAAAAGUUCACCUUUAAAGAAACAAGAACAUUUGCUAUAAAUGUUAUUCUCUGAAGGGGUUCGUGGUUGUUUUUUACAGAAAGAAACCUUUUUUUCCCCUUUUUGCUCAAUUGCAAUGGUUCAUCCACUUCAACACUCAAAUAAAUGGGGAAAUA